AUGUCGUGGAAGAGAGACAGCUUUGAAAUAUCGAUGGAUCCAUCUCUAAUCCCGCUCGACACGUUGAACAGUUUCUUCUCUUCGACAGAGAUGUACUGGGCAAGCCCUUUACCAGUCGAAGAACUACAAAACCUUAUCAAGCGAUCAGCGUGUUUCGGAUUAUAUGAAAUGAGCGACUCUCGCCGGCAAUGCCAUGAGAACGAGAAUGACCAAUAUCACAACAUCUCCCACUCCGGAACACACAAGCUGAUCGGGUUUGCUAGAUGGAUUACCGAUACCGUGACCGUCAACUACUUAACGGAUGUUUAUCUCCUUCCGAGCUACCGGGGUCAAGGCUUGGGAAUAUGGAUGAUGCGAUGCAUUGAUGAGAUGUUCAAGUCGAUGCCGUAUGUGAGGGGCAUGAUUAUGAUUGCAGAUAAAGGCAGCGUAUCCGAGGGCCUUUAUCGAAGGCACCUGGCCAUGGAUGAUCUUGAACGACCAGCGAUUCUGCUGGACCGCAAGGGGGUGGGAGCAGCUCACUGA